AUGGAAGACAGCCAAAGUGGCACUCCGUCUCCAUCAGUGGUACACUUUCAACGACAACAACAUCCAUUGAUUGGUUAUUAUUUGUCUCGUAAAAAGCUCUCCAAACUUCGAUUUGAUCAAUUUCUACUUCUUUGCAAACGUUCUCAUAUCGAAACAGUCGAAUUAACGAAUGCUUACUUUGAACAGGCAGAUGCUCGCAUUCCACAGUUGAUUAUUCAUAAACUCGAAGAUGACGUUGUUUCACGUUCGCUAACUGAACGAAUCCGUUCGUUGUCCAGAUCGUCAACGAUUAUUCUCGAUGAAUUCGAUUCCAUCGCGAGAUUAUUGAAUCGCUAUGAACAAUAUUCAAUAUUGGAUACCGAGAAGAAUAUUUAUCAUGUUCCAACGUUCAUUCGCGUGACAGCCGAUGAUAAUGAAUCAGCGAUCGAGAAAAUGUUAAUCGAACAUCAGAUAACGUUUCCAAUCAUGUGUAAACCGAUUCGUGCACAUGGAGAUAAAUCACAUGACAUGAAACUUAUCUUCGAUGUUGAACAUUUAAGUGAUAUUGAUAAACCCUGCGUUCUUCAACAAUUCAUUGAUCAUGAUGGUGUUCUUUUCAAAGUUUUCUCUGUUGGCCCAAAUAAUUAUCAUAUAGUACGAAGAAACUCGAUUCGUAAUCUCCAUACACAUACUUCUCGAGAUACGAUCGCAUUUCGUUCGAAUGAAGUCUCAAGCUCUCAAGCUGCUCAUAUGCUUCUAUCCAAUGAACAGACUAUUAAAAUUGUUUUCGAUCAUGCAAUCGUGAAUGAUAUUGUUAAAACUGUUCAAAAUUUAUUUCAAUUGAAUCUUGUUGGAAUCGAUAUAAUUAUCGAUCGAAACACCGGUGGCUAUGCUGUUAUUGAUGUUAAUUAUUUUCCAGGUUAUGAAGGUGUGGCAGAUUUCAGUACACAAUUACUCCAUUUAUGUCAAAAUUUACUUCAUGCUUCUUAG